AGGCUCCUUAUUCCCCGCAGGUGAUGUCAGCUGGAAGAUAUCCCAUGGAAUGGAGGUGCCUCAGAAAGCAGUAAUGGCUGAAGGAUGUUGGGGUAAUAUUGGACAGCAAAUUCUAGGUGGCCUACUAUUGCAGUGACAUGGCAGAACGGUGGCCAGCGUGAUUUUGAGCUACAUACACAGCGAAUCAGCACUGUUUAGCCUAGACUUGGCUCAAGCAUCACUUCUGGAUGAGUCCUUAGAAAAUAAGGCUGGAGCGAUCAUCAAGAAGAUGGCUGCCUUAGAGUUUCAUUUUCUUCCAUGUUUACCUGGACACGCCUGUUUGGUGGGGAGCGUUCACACCAGCUUCACUCUGACCUUUGUCAACUCUGCCACCGGCCUAACCUCAGAUGGCAGAAAUACGAAUUUCGCACCACACAAGACUGUUUAAAAGUAACACUCCUUUCCUUCCCAACACCAGCAUUCCUCACGCCAAAGGUGACCAGGCUGAAUCAGUCACAGCUCAUCCUGCCCAGCUUCUCAGGACGGAGCACCGCCUCAAGGUGCAGUGGCUGAUAAAUGGAGAAACAGCAAAGGCCACUCCUGGACCCUGGCGAUAGUGGAAUGCAGCCUGUCCCACCACAAGAUAACCAAACAACUGUACUGGGCAGGGCACCAAUGUUCCAGUUUGUGCCCUAGCCUCUCCUACCAUGUCACAAACUCUAAGCAGAGACAGGAACCUGGGUUAAGUGUUGCGGCUUAGUACAUUUCCUGUUUCAAAAAAAAAAAAAAAAGCAGCAAAGAGAAGUCAUUCAAACGAGAUGUCAGUUGCAAUGUGUUAGCACCCGGUAACCCAGGGCUCACCCUUCUCCUUUCUGGCAUGGGGCUUAACUGAGGUCGGGGAGCAGAGCAGGGCCUCUGAACAUCUGGCGAAUCCACCUAAGGGCUGCCCUUGCUGCGUAGAGAAGGGGACAGGAGGCAGUGCCACUAGCCAGGAGAAUUAAGGACACGGCAUUAGAGCCAGACAAGCUUUUGUGAGGAAAAGGAAAGAAAAACGUGCAGAGUGCAAACUGGAAUGUACCAUUUAAGUCAAGCUAUUGCAAAAGGAAAGAACUUCACCAAAGCAGCCAGGAGAUCAUCACAGGUUGGUGUGUUGUGUGUGGAGCCGUGGACAAUAUGAUCAGUCGAACUGAGAAGUCCCCGCGCCGGUGCAGGCGUCUGAGUGAGAGUUACGACGAGAAGUGCGAGCGCCGGCACGAGACCCGUGAGAGCUUGUGGAGGAGAAACAAUGUCACCACAUGUCGCCAUGUGGGGCAAUGUCGGAAAAAGGAGUCAGAGGAGCAGUCACAGAGCCCCCGCCAGAAAGAGUUCCUGAAGAGAAGGAACUUAGCCACCGAAGAAGGAAAGAAACAAGUGAGGUUUCCUACUGGGACACCAGCAUCUCCGGGACAAGAGUGUGCAACAGGCACCCCCAAGGAAGCAUCCUCCUGGAUGGAUCUGAGGUCACCCACAUCCCUCCAGAAUAACAGCACCUCCAUGGUCCAUCACAAGCAUCCCCAGCACAGUCUCAACGAUCCUCGCACGCAGAACAACUGGCACUCCUGUGGCAUUUCAUCGCAAAACAUCCUCCCCAAAGACAUCGCCAAGCUUAGCCGAGGCACUCAAACAUUAACAGAUUCUAGUGCAAUAAAGAAAAAUUCAAGCCAACAAACAGACUGUGGGAUAGCGGUAUUAGAUAAGGAAAUAAUUCAACUUUCCAACUACCUCAAGGAGGCGUUACAUCGAGAGCUGCUGCUGAAGCAGAAGAUGGUGAUUUUACAGGAGCUUUUAUCCACAUUGCUGCAAGCAUCAGAAAAAUCUUGGAAGGUACCAAAUGACUACGCUGCGUACUUCUAGUCGGCUUUAGGAUUAUGCCAGGAUCUGCCAGGGCAGAGUCCCAUCCAUGUGUGCAAGGGGAAAACCCCAUCAGGUCUUGCUUAUUUCUGCCAGCUGAAUUCCAGCUCUGUUUCUGGGGUCUUCUAAUUUUGGGAUUAUCCUUCUCUCCUAAUGGAGAAGAUGGUAUAGCUCUGAAGCUGAGCUGUGUCUGCAAGGGGACAUGACUGUGCUCAGAACUAUUUAGCAUGUGAAUAUCAUUGCCCUUCCUCUCCAAUACUGUUUCAUUUUAGAGCCAGCUGAAAAACAACUCUCCAUU